GUGACCCCGCGCGCUCCCGCGGGGAGCGAAGUCUCGGAGGCGGCGCCGCAGGGGACGGAGGGACCGACCGAGCGUUGUUCGCCGCAGCCUUCGCCCAGACCCCAGCGCUGAAGACACGAUGUCGGGGCUCUCCCGCGCGCUGCUUUGGGCCGCCACCUGCCUGGUGGCGCUCUGUGUGCUGUCGGCGGCGCAGAACACCACUCUCGCUCCGAUCUUGACUUCAGCGACCACCACCAACAUAACCGUGACGCCGGUGACGUCGCUCUCGCCUGUCCCCACUCCAGUACCAGAUUCCUGUGAAAACCGAAAUAGCUGUGUUUCCUGUUUUAAUACCAGCAUUGAUAAUACUACCUGCUUUUGGAUAGACUGUAAAGAUAAGAGCCCCUACUGUUCCAGUAAUUCAACAGUUAGUGGCUGUCAUGUGGUGAAUGGGUCAGAUUUCUGUUACGAGCCAACUGCUACUCCGACGACAUCCAAUUCUACAGCUAAAACAACAACCCAUCCUUCUCCUACCACUUCCGUCAUUGUUACUACAACAGGUACAACGAACACCACUUUGACUCCAACCUCACCACCUGCGCGGAAAUCUACCUUUGAUGCGGCCAGUUUCAUUGGAGGAAUCGUCCUUGUUUUGGGUGUUCAGGCUGUAAUUUUCUUUCUCUAUAAGUUCUGCAAAUCUAAAGAACGAAAUUACCACACUCUGUAAACAGACCCAUUAAGUUAAGAAGGACUAGUGAUUCAUUUGUGUAACUCACUGAAACCAAAAUAAUAUGCUUCAAGAAGUCCCACAUGGAAGAUGCUGUUCCAGGAUUUUUAAGUUUCCAAAGGAUACAUAUAGGAUAUUUGGAACAUCAUCCAGAAGGAGAAUCAGUUAAAUCAUUUUGCUCAACAGGAAUACUUACAAUAUUCUGCAUGAAUCCUUGUGGCUGUCUUCUUUUAUUUUAAAUGGCUGCUGCUGUGGGAUUGUUUCUUUCUUGACAUGCCAAAUGUAACUUUCUGUAAGUGAUGGGAAAUGUGCACACAACCUCAUGACUCUUGGCAGUUUAAAUUGAGUUGUUUUAAAGCCUGAAAGCUAUAUCACUUUCAUCCAAACUCCAGGUGUAGUUUAGUGACCAGAAUUGAGAGUGUGCCAAAUUAACAUCAGUCAGGUGGAUUUUUGACUAUCAUUUAAAAAGUGGAAUAAGUUUAUAAAUUUAGUAGUCCUAAACGGUAUCCUUAAAAAAUCUUGUGCUUGAUAAGUUAUUUUUUCUACAUUAGAAAUAAGAUGCCACACAGGGAAUUACAUUCCAGAUUGAAAGAAAUGAAUGGAAAGGAUACAAACUAUUAGCGUUAAACAGGUUAUUGUUCAUACUUGUAAAGCACCUUAUACCAUUGAGAAAAUAAAGACAGUGCCUUAAAAGAUAGUCUGAAAGGUAGGCUAGAACUUAAAAUGUUUGUGAUUUAUUCUUUCACAUUAACAAAAGUAAAAGUUGGUUGGAAGAAGUAACUGUUGAAGUGUGAGUAGUAGUAAUCCUGCUUUUAGUUAUCAUACUGGUUAAUACUUCAUUGAAAACUUAACCUAACUUUAUUUCAAGCUGAGAAACUUUAGCUGGAGGAUAGUAUACAGAGUUGAAAGCCUUCCAUAUAUUGAACUUCUCAACAUUAAUAUAGUCAAAGAGAUAAAGUUGAUUAAAUUAUAUAUGUAUAUUUUUGUGCUUCAAAAAAGUCUCCUGACACUGUUAUACCUUGAAAGGAUUUCCAUCAAGCUUUCUUGAAAAGUAACUUUCAUGAGUCAAGAAGGAACUAAGUUAUUUUAGAGUCAUUUACUGACUCUUUAAACCAGACAGUUAUUUUAAGUUUUUAGACAGCAAAUAUGACCAAUGUGAUUUCAGAAAGUUUCAGAAUUUUUUGCUUGAUAAGAUUAUGUAGAUUUUUUAAAUGAUGAUAGCCUGGAUACGUAGACGGUGCUUUCUCUUUCUCUUUUCUUCUUUUUGUUUUCAGUUCCCAUGGCAUUUGAAAGUAAGCAGAUGUACUUUUAUUUCUAUAGUUUUCUUGUUAAGUACUAGGGAUCUUUUUGUUCUUGCUUGUUUUCAGUUUUUACAAUUUUAGAGGGUUACAUCUCCCUGCCUCUGACAUGUUGGAGUAGUUCAGAGGCUCUAGUCUGUUUAAAAUGGGCUUUUGCUCUUCUAGGUCAUUAGUUUUGUUUUGUUUUAGUUUCUUUAGCCUGUAGUGGCUGAGUUUAGCACUUCAAUAUUUUAGAGUUUAGAAAAUGACAAAUUACUUUGGUUCGUUAACCAAAACUUCUUGCAUUUAGAUUCAUAAAAUGAAGAUUUACUGUUUUCUUUGUUACUUGCUGGUACAGCUAAAGUUUGUUUUACUUGCACAUUUGUACAUAUACUUAAUGUUUUCAAGUGCCUUAAUUGUUUAAAAUCUCUGGCUUCAAAGGUUUUGGGGAAAAGAUAGGUUUACCUCACAUCUUUGUUUUUCCAUUAGUAGUAAUAUUCUAGGUACCUCACAAGAUAUAUAAUGGUGCCAUGGCUGUUACUUUUUAGUGAGCAAUCUAAGAUUCAUUUGAAAAUGCAUAGAAUUUCCAUUCCUUGCAAGGUGGUAAAAAUUAGCUACAGUGAUACAAUUCGUCACUACCUGGAUAUGAAUUCCUUGCCACACAGUAAUGUCAACACACAAAACAAAUUUUAUGAAGAUGACUUGAAGCGUUUCCUGUAAUUCUGAACACUGCUCUAACAACAAACACCUAAUAGGACACUUGCUUUUUCAAGUCUAUUAAAGAGCUCUUGCCACAGAACUCACAGCCUUUGCAGACUUUCCUACCCUUCCUUUAGCAGUGUAGUAUCUUGAGCCAUUAAUAAUUUUGGGUUUUUUUAAUCCAGAAGAUAUAUAGAAACCUUUUCAGAUUUUUCAUCUGAUUUGUUCAUGCAGAUACCGUUCUUUCAGAUACCUUAAUUUACUUUACAGAUACUUGUUGCACAGGCAGAUACUGCUGUAUUUAGAUACUCCUAUUUCAGUUCAUUACAAAACUGCAAAACCAAUUUAUCAUGUACCAAAUUGACUUAAAAUAAAUCUACAUGUUUAUUGAA